AUGCAUCAGGAAUUGAGUUUACACGAUGACACUAGACCCACUGCUAACUACAUCACUAAGUYGUUUGCCACAAUGGUGCUCUAAGACUCUGAAUAUUUUUACUGUGCCUGCCCUGGAAGGCAGAAUCAGAUGCAGCAAGAGGAAUUGUUACUGCCCUGAAAAAGUGGAAGCUGUCACCAGGAUUGUAGAGUGGAGCAGGAAGUCCCAGGAGACGAGCUGUGCUUUAUAACCUGCCCCAGAGAGAGUCAGAACCAUGUCCUACGUUUUUGUAAAUGACUCUUCACAGACCAACGUGCCGCUGCUGCAGGCUUGCAUUGACGGAGACUUCAACUACUCCAAAAGGCUCCUGGAGAGCGGCUUUGACCCAAAUAUUCGUGACAGCCGGGGCCGAACCGGCCUUCACCUCGCAGCAGCCAGAGGAAAUGUAGACAUCUGUCAGCUCCUGCACAAAUUUGGUGCCGACCUACUGGCCACUGAUUACCAGGGUAACACAGCCCUUCACCUGUGUGGCCAUGUGGAUACCAUCCAGUUCCUCGUUUCGAAUGGACUUAAAAUUGACAUUUGCAAUCACCAAGGUGCAACGCCCCUUGUUCUUGCCAAACGGAGAGGUGUCAACAAAGAUGUCAUUAGGCUGCUGGAGUCCUUGGAGGAGCAGGAGGUGAAAGGAUUUAACAGAGGAGCUCACUCUAAGCUGGAAACCAUGCAGACUGCUGAGAGUGAAAGUGCCAUGGAGAGCCAUUCCCUCCUGAACCCCAACCUGCAGCAAGGCGAGGGAGUCCUGUCCAGCUUCCGCACCACGUGGCAAGAGUUCGUGGAGGACCUGGGCUUCUGGAGGGUGCUGCUCCUCAUCAUCGUCAUCGCCCUCCUGUCCCUCGGGAUCGCUUACUACGUCAGCGGGGUGCUUCCCUUCGUGGAAAACCAGCCCGAGCUGGUGCACUGAGCUUGGCUCUGCUCUAACCUUAUUCUGAGCUUCUGGGAAUUCUCUUCUUGGUGCAGGCAGUGGCAGCUGUAAAUACUGUUUGCUUUUUAUACUCACUCUCCUGUUUGCCCUUUUGAAAGGGGGAUUCAUUCAUUUCAGCUCAAACACUAAUUUCCCAAGCAUUCCCAAGCUACUUCUGACUUAACCUGACUUGGAACACAAUGUGUAGACACACGUCUCUACUGCUAAAUUAUUAAAUUAUUGUGAUUAGAAAAGGCCUUGCAUAAUGAAUUUUAGAUUCUUGAACAUGAAAAAUGUAUCCUAAUACAAGACCAAGGUAUUU